AUGCGAGGUAUAUGGCCGCUUGUUGUAUCCACGGCGAUUGCCAUCGCCAACCGCGGCAACGCCGAAAAACCGGAUCUACAGAAGCUCGAAAAUGAGCAGAAGCUGCUCAUCCAUGACCUGCAGCGGUCACGGCUGGCUUCUGAAGAGCUGAAGGAUAAGCUGGACAUACUGCAGCAGUCCAAGAAUGCCAGCAGCAGCACGCUCAAUGUGUCGAACGUCGUCGUGGAGAAAGACGAGAAGCCGAAGGAAGAACACAGCGGCAGCGUCAACUACACAGCGCCCAUCAUUGUGUUGCUACCAGAAGAGCCUUCAGAAAGGGAGAAAUGGGAGUACAACCUAACGCUGCGCUGUCUAGGCCAGCGAGACUUCAGCCCUUUCGAAGGAAUCCACAACUCCAAAUUGCUAGAAAUGGCGACAAUUAAGGGCAAGACAGUUGCCGAGAUCAGGUUGGAGAUCAAACACACCGAGAAGGAGCUGAGUCAGGUAGAGGCACGCAAGGAACUAGAAGGCCUGCAGUCUGCAUUGUCAUCUGCAAAAGAGGGUACAUACGCCGAACGAACGCAGAAGCUGCACGUAUCGCACAACAUCAAACUGGUGAAGCACGAAAUCGAUGUGCUGGAAACCAAACUCCAUCGGCUUCAAAAGAGGCUGAAGGCAGCCGUGUUGUUCAGCAGCGGAACUGGAAAACACGGGUCGAGUAAAAAACAGGGCCAUGAGGAUGCCGACGAAGGGGAAGCAAGUGAGGAUCGCGAGGAGCAGGACGCAGAGGAUGAAGCUGGAGAACAGGAAGAAGCUGAUGAAGCCGAUGGCAACGAUGACGAUUACGAAGAGUAG